AUGGCUGAACUCACGACUGACCAGGUCAGAUCUCUGGAUCAAACACGUCAAAGACUUCUGGCUCUCCACAAGUCAUUGGUUGCGUUGGGAUCAGAGCUUGUGACUCAAAACCCUCUUCCUUCCUGGCCAGCCCUUCAACUACAUGCAAACCUUGUCUCUAACAACCUGCAAACCAUUGUCUCUCAGCUCGCUGAGCACCGGGACACGUAUCAAUCCACCGUUGCCUUUCCUACACCCAAAUUUCCAGGCACCCAACGAGCCUUCAUUCUCGAGACCCUGCUUCGAACAAAAUUAGAACCCAACGUGGAGGACUGGGUCGAGGAAGGCGAGAACAUCAGUGCACAAAAGCACAAGGCCACUUUUCGGGGGUUGUCGGACAAUGACCGUCACGCUCUUUGGCAGUGGGCUCCGGGGGCAGCAAAUGGUGCGGCUCGCAAGCAGAAAUGGGGUGCAGACUUCACCCUCGAGGAGAAGCAGAAGGGCAUAGAGAACGUGGCCACGGGGCUACGCAGGCAACUACAAGAACCUCCCGAUGAAGAGGGCGAAGAAGGGCCUGAAGAGGAAGACGAGUAUGACAUCACCGACGAGGAGGAUGAAGACGAGGAUGCGGACAAAAUGGACGUUGAGAAACAACCUCCAAAGACUGAGGCCAGUCCAGCUUCUGCAGACACACGAGCCGCUUUGCCAACCGCUGGCCAGAUGAACCUAGCAACUCUCCACAAAUUCAUGAGCACCGGACGGUGA